UUCUGUCGAUCGUUCCCUCGUUUCUGCGUCGUGUUGCUUCGCACUGGUAUUUACAUCGAUAGAGCUUUGCUGGCGUAUAAAACAGGUUAUAGAAGCGAGUAACGCUUAUUUUGUUCUCAACUUUGGCGAGAGUGCCAUCUAGUGAUCAGCGCGCGAAACAUCACGGGUGUGAUUUGUGUACUUUUGUGACAUUUUUGGAAAUCCUUUGUGAAUCAAAAUGCCUGGACGUCCUAUUUGGCAGUGUGCUGGCAAGCGUGAACCAGAGAAGGAGCAGGAAGCUCAGGCAUGGAUUGAAGCAGUCAUUGGCGAGAAGUUCCCCAGCAUACCUUACGAGCUGGCUCUCCGUGACGGCAUCAUCCUGUGCAAGCUGAUGAACCGUCUCCAACCGGGCAUCAUCACCAAGGUGAACGUGUCUGGUGGUGACUACAAAUACAUGGAUAACAUUAGCCAGUUCCAAAAAGCGUGUAUAAAGUACGGAGUACCUGAUGUGGACCUCUUCCAGACAACAGAUCUGUGGGACCAGAAGAACAUCGCACUCGUCACAACGACCAUCUUCGCCCUUGGAAGGACGGCCUACAAGCACCCAGAAUGGCGCGGCCCCUACCUCGGCCCCAGGCCAGCUGAGGAGAACCGACGUGAGUUCAGCGAGGAUGUGCUCCGUGCUGGCAACGCAGUCAUCGGUCUACAAGCCGGCACCAACAAACUGGCCAGCCAAUCAGGACAGAACUUCGGAGCAUCCCGCAAAAUCAUUCUCGGCAAGUGAAGUACUAGGCUACCAGAAAUCAGCUAGAGCUUAGGUAUCUAUGUAUAAUUUUUAUUUAAAGAAAGUUAUUUUAUUUAUUUUUUAAAUUGUAUUGUUAAACCAAUUAGUAGGUACCUAUUUAUUUUAUUUUGUGUGUAGAAAUUUUAUUGCAAAUUGUAAGUCAAUUUAAUACCAAAGAUUUUGUAAAAUAAUUUACCAGAGAAGGUGUCGUAUUGAAGAUUAUUAUUGGAAAUUAUUUUUAUUAAUAAGUAACUACUAUUGUUAUUAUUGUAUUUUUUUACAAUCCAAUGUCAUCAACAUCAACCAUAUUCAAGAAUGCUUAGUUUUAAACUAUGGAAUGUAUUUAUAAUUAUUUUUAAUCAUAAUCCUAAGUACUAAUCAUGAAACUGUGAUGUUUUCGGAGUUGGAUGAGGAUUAACAGUCGGUACAAAAACUUUUAAGUAUUACUUUAAACACCAAAAAUAAACGACUAUCUACAGAAA